GUUGGAACUUAGCAUAUAUAGUUUGUUGUCUCGUCUACGUACAAUUAAAGUACUAUACAAUUGAAUUUGUGGCUCUAGAAUUUAACCUAUUAUCAUAUAAGAUAUCCACGCUAGAGGACGCUACAGGCUUACAUCAAUUCACACAUAUGCACCGAUUUUGGACUCGACCGCAAAUGUGUAAUCGCACACGAUGUGUCUCGUGUGUACAUCUUUUCGUUCAUGCUACUCAUCUUUGGUAUUCUGAAGUUCUCUUCGUAUUUACAGUGUUCGAUCGGUAGAGUUUGACAGAACAUGGAGUUCAUAUAUGAUUCUGUUCUUGUUGAAUGAUGUUUAAGUCGGUAAACGGAGAAGUAAAUCUGUGAGAAGUGAGUCGAGUCGCGCGGUGAACGGAACGAUAUUAAACGGUGAAGUGAAGGAGGAGAAUCUUUUUGGGUCUGAGGAAUAUUUAUUAAUUUCGAAUGGAUACACAACCUCUCUACUGAAUGGUUUUCAUCUCACUGGGUUUACUUUGUCGUAAGAUAGAUAUUUAACAAUAAUUGUAGCUUUUCUCCUUGUAUUCCGUAACUUUAUAUCGCGUUCUUCUACCGUAUAGAAAGUAUUCGUUAUAUUAAUAAUGAGCGAUGGUAAGAAAGUAGGUGAAAAUUCCAGUACUGAGGUUGUUAACCAAUUUCGAAGCUGUAGGGAUCUUAGUGAUAUCGUGCCUCUGUAUACUCAACGCGCGCUUUACUUAAAACCAGUCGCAAAAAUAAAUGUUUCUGUUAAUCUUCCUCAACUAAAAGUAGCAGGAAAGACAAUAUCAACAUGGGAAGUAAUGGAGAAGAUCCGUGCCCUUAUAUUACCGGACGAGUUUGCAUCUCUGAAAGUAGCCAAGAGUACAUUGGAAUUUAUCAGAUUGGAAGGAGAUUUGCAAGACAGAUGCAGACUACAGCGUGUGCUUGCAAGAUUGGAUUCCCAGCGUUUGAACUUGUCUGGAUUCCCCAAUGUGCUAAAAGUCCGUGCAGCAGAAACAAAGGAUGAUUUUCCAACGAGGCAUAGUUGGAAUUCUUAUUUCAGAGAUGCCAAGCAUAUGAAUGAACUAAAACCUGGAGAAAGGCCUGAUACUAUACACAUAACAGGCUUACCUGUUAAAUGGUUUACCGAAGAUGGUGCAACUAUGCCCAGUGAAUCCUUGAUCAAUAAGAUCUUCAAAAAAUGGGGAGUACUUAGAAGAAUAGAUGUACCUGCUGCUGAUCCUUAUAGGUCUAGAAUGCGUCUUGGCACAAAUAUAAAUAAGUUUAGUUAUGAAGAUGGCAUAUUUUUUGAUGCAUAUAUUCAAUAUAUUGAAUAUAUGGAUUUUGUUAGAGCUAUGGAUGCAUUGCGUGGUAUGAAACUUCUUAAAAAAGAAGAAGAAAAAGCAUUUACAGCCUCUAUUAAGAUUACUUUUGAUAAAACAAAACACAUGAGCGAUAGUUCUGUUGCACAUAGAGAAUUCGAAAGAAAACGUCUUAUAGCCCAGGAUACAUUAGCAGCAGAACGACUUCGUAGGAAAGAAGAAGCUGAAGAAAAACGUCGAGAAGAACUAAAGAAGAAAGAAGAAGCAGAUGCAGUAGCUAAAGAAAAUAGACGGAAAAAACGAGAAGAGAAACGAAAACGUAGAGCUAUAACUAUAUUUCGAAAGAAGGAAGAGGAUAAAGUGUCCAUGAAGAUUGCCAGAGAAGGUCAAAAAUUAAUAAAAGCACAAAGGCAACUUGAAAGCAUUCGUUUGUUAGAUGAAUUAUUUGAUAGAAUAAAGAUAAAAGUAGAAAACAAUGAGAUUAAAAUAGAUGAAUUCUCAAACGAUACAAAAAGGGAAGACAAGAGAAGUAAUAAAGUAGAUGGUACCAUUGAAAUAUUGAGUUCAGAAGAAGAUUCUAAGGAUGAAAAGAAAGAUAAGAAAGUAAAAAAAUCAAAGAAGAAAAAAUCUAAGAAAGAAAAAAAGAAAAAAGUAACAAAUAAACGAAAGAAGGCUGGUAAGGAUUCCGAAAAUUCUGCAAGCCUAAGCGAGGAAUCAGGCGCAGAAGAGCAAACAAAAAAAUUAAAAAGUGUUCUAAAUCAAAAUGUUACAUAUCCGUCAUCGUCAGCAGCACCGUCGACUUUAGAACCUCUUUCUUAUCCCACCCUCUAUCCACGUUUCCCACAACCGUGGUAUUAUGAUGCGCCUCUGCCUAUGAUUUACCCCAGUUUACCGAGAGGUAUAUCCAGAGGUGGUCGUUUUCCACGAGGACGGGGUAGGGGAUUUUCAUGGCGUAAUGCUGGAAAUCCUCAUACGUUGCAUACAUUUAAUCCUCAUCUGUAUAACGAACAGUACUACAAAUACUUUGCUCAUUUAGUAGGUCAGGACUAUCAUUCUUUCGACUACAGAAGCUCACGGUCACGUAGUCGUAAAAGAUCGUUCAGCAGAUCUAGAUCGAGAUCAAGAUCAAUAUCGAGAUCGAGAUCGAGGUCUAGAUCGAGGUCAAAGUCACGGUCGAGAUCAAAGUCACGGUCGAGGUCAAGAUCAAGAUCAAGAUCGAGGUCUCGCUCGAAAUCGAGAUCUAAAUCACGUGGCAAAUCGAAGUCGAAAUCACGUUCAAGAUCGAAAUUGAGGUCUGGAUCGAGAUCUCGUAGUAGAAGACAAAGCAGAAGUAGAUCCCGUUCAAAAAGACGACGAGAUAGAUCGAGAUCAAGAUCUAAAUCCGGUACUAGAAUGAGGUCUCGAUCGCGACGAUCGAGAUCUAAGAAGAAAUCUCGUUCGAAGAGUCACUCUAAUUCUCGAAACAACAGUAAACAUCCUUAUAGGCGCAGGCGAGAAAGAUCAGUAUCGAAGGUGAAAAUCACAAGAGCUAAAUCUCGUAGUACGUCGCCUAAAAGAAGAUCGCGUAGUAGUACCUGGUCCAUGCCUAAAUCUCCUGGCAGAAGAAGCUGUUCUUGGUCAAAAGGGGCAGAAGCUGUGAGCAAUAAAACGGACACUGUUCACUCGACAAGUAUAAUGGAGCAAGAAACUGUAAAUAAAGAAGCGCCACAAACCUUUCAUUUGGAGAAUAUAACUUCUGAUUGACAAAAAUCGAAGGCUAUUCUUCCACAUUGUGUCUUCGAUGCUCCCGCGUAAGAAAAGCGUAUAGCUAACUCUUUGUACAAAAUCAGCAAGAAAUCCGUGAGAGCGUAAUCCUAAUUGUGUAUAUUCGAGUUUGUAGUAUUUCUUUGAUAAAAGAAGAUAUAUAUUUUUAUUCAUGUGCUAACUCUUCCUAGUUUUAAAGGAUUCCAUAUAUAUAGCAAUAUAUACGUGAGACGAUAUUUAAGUGCAUCACUUAUACAUGUACGUGCAAAGUAUUGUUAACGUUCUAAUCCUAUGGAUGUUUGAAUUUUGAAUGUGUAUUGUACAUAUAUUAUGAAUGACAUAGUCAACAAAGGUUGCUAAAGUAUGCAUUUUUAUCUCAAGAUUAAAAAUAAACCUGUGACAUCGACGUAUUAAAUAUCUGUUGAACCAUCCCAA